UCAGCGGUCUGUGUUAUCCACCGGUCAUAGUUCAGGGACCUCGCGUUCACUUCGAAAGAAACAGUCACUUCCGUACAGAAGUUUAGUGGACAAGCUGUACCUGAGAGCAUAAACCCCUUGUUACAACCAGUGACUAUAACCAGUGGAUUCAAGAUCUGCCAGUACCAUGCCUUCCAUGUGCCAGAGUAAGGCCCGCCUUGACGGGAAGACGGUCAUAAUAACUGGGGCCAACCAGGGCAUCGGCUUUGAGACAGCCAAGGACUUGGCGGGAAGAGGAGCAAAAAUCAUCCUGGCCUGUCGAGAUUUGACCAGAGCCCAGAAAGCUGCAGACGACAUCAAGGAAGAGACUAAGAAUGAGAACAUUGUUGUGCACCAACUGAACCUGGCCUCCCUGGCGUCUGUACGCAGCUUCGCUCAGAAAAUCAACGAGACAGAAGAACAACUCAACAUUCUGAUUAACAAUGCAGGAGUGAUGGCUCCUCCAAAGACACAGACGGAGGACGGGUUUGAGCUGCAGUUUGGAGUGAACCACCUGGGGCACUUCCUCCUCACCAACCUGCUCCUGGACCUGCUGAAGAAGUCUGCCCCCAGCAGGGUUGUUAACGUCUCCUCCAUGGCACACAAAGGCGGCAACCUAAACUUCGACGACCUGCAGUGGGAGAAGAGACAGUAUGUGCCGUUUGAUGCCUACGGGGACAGCAAGAUAGCCAACAUCAGCUUCACCAGGGAGCUGGCCAGAAAGCUGGAGGGGACAGGUGUGACGACAUACUCGCUCCACCCAGGAGUGAUCAAGACAGACCUGUACAACCACCUGGGUACCAGCAUGGGCUGGAAGAGUGGCGUCAUCAACACCUUUGCCAAGUGGUUUGGCAAGACUGUAGUGCAGGGCGCCCAGACGACCAUCCACUGUGCCGUGAUGGAGGGUCUGGAGGACAAGACAGGACAAUAUUUCAGUGACUGUGCACCAAAGCAGCCCAGCUCCAGGGCCAGGGAUGACGAUGUGGCCAGAAGGUUAUGGGAGGUCAGCGAGAAGCUCGUGGGGCUCAGCGGUCAGCAAACGUCUGCAGAGGGGACGUCAGCUGAGGGGGCUGCCCAGGCUGAAGCCCAGGCUUCAUGAGCACAGUGUGUGAUACAGAACACGUUGCCACAUUGACAUUAACUUUAUUUGGAUCCACUAGUAGCUUCAGUUUACACUGUUGCUAUUCUUCCUGUGGUUCUACAUCAAUAUAUAAUCAUGUAAAAUCACAUAUAUAAGACUAAUGACUUGCAAAAUUACAAUCAUACAUAUCGCAAAUACCAUACAUAAUCAGAAUAUGUGGACUCAUUUUGUAGGAGGAUCAAACAGCUUUGAGAAAUUAUUUAGAUAAUUGGUUUGUUCAAACUGUUGCAAUGUAAGAUUAACUGAACAUUGUAGUGUCAAUAAUAGUUACUAAGGCAUUUAUUUUAAUUUAGUUCAGAUUGGUCUGAUAAGAUAAGAGUUACUUUUUAAAAAAUCUUAGCAGGGUAAUGUUAUUCAUAUUGAUGUCAUGAAAAUGAUGAAUGUAACUUCUCUGCCCUUUAUUAAUAGCUGCUCAGUGCUUUGAUCAUAUGAAUGACUGUUUUAUCUCCAGAAAGCAACUACAUGGUUGUGGAAUAUAAUUAUGGAAAUUGUAUAAUUUAAUUGUUAAUAUUAUUGUGCUAUUUGGAAAAUAAAAUUAAUUGUUUAGAAUUACAUUUUUAAUACUUCAGCUUGGCUCAUGGCAGUAUCAAGUAUCUUUAUGUGUCACUUUUGUGACAUGGGAUCUUCAAUAAAGCAUUGAUGAAUUUCUUGUUAUC